AUGACGACCGAUGAUAACAACAAUAACAACAACAACCCAAACAACAAUUCGAACAACCCCAAGCCAAGUGACUAUCAGCCUCCACCCGCUGAAAACUCGCUGUUGGCCCAAACUCUGGCGGCGCAACGGCAGGCGGCUGUCCCCGCCACAAAUGCCAGCACUCAAGAGCUUCUUCGUCGACUGCAGAAUGGAUUUGGCCGGGGACUGAGCAACGGUGGACAAGGAGCAGCAAGAGUGGGACCACGAGGUACGGAAGCAGAUCGAGAUCGCUCACUGCUCCAGAUCCUAGAUGAUGCAAUUUCUCUCAUGGAUCGACAUAGGGCGCGGUCAUCGACGGAUGGUGAAACUACGGCAACCCCGGCUAGGCGAAGCCGCCCUGGACCUCCAAACUCCAAUACCCGCAACACAAGGAGGAGGCACGAUAAUGGUCCAGACAGUCCCCCCAGCAAUGACAAGACCGCAAAGGGGCAGUGA